ACCCCAGGCCAUGCCUGGCCAGGGCCUGACCCUGCGGGUGGCCACCCUGCUGACCGGACUGCUGGAGUGCUUGGGCUUCGCGGGCGUCCUCUUCGGCUGGGCCUCACUGGUGUUCGUCUUCAAGACUGAGCAUUACUUCGAGGGGCUCUGUGAAUCGGGUGCCCAGCUGGCGGACAAUGCCACAGGCCCGGCUGACUGCAAAGCCCAGGAUGAGAGGUUCUCGCUCAUCUUCACCCUGGCCUCCUUCAUGAACAACUUCAUGACCUUCCCCACCGGCUACAUCUUCGACCGUUUCCACACCACGGCUGCCCGCCUCGUAGCCAUAUUGCUCUACACAAGCGCCACGCUCACCAUAGCCUUCACCUCUGCAGAAUCGGCCGUGCUGCUCUUCCUGGCCAUGCCCAUGUUGACCGUCGGGGGAAUCCUGUUUCUGCUCACCAACCUGCAGAUCGGAAACCUCUUUGGCAAACACCGCUCGACCAUCAUCACCCUCUACAAUGGAGCGUUUGACUCCUCCUCUGCCGUCUUCCUUAUCAUCAAGCUCCUGUACGAACGGGGCAUCAGCCUUCGGGCCUCCUUCAUCUUCCUCUCCAUCUGCAGUACCUGGCAUGUGGUGCGAACGUUUCUCCUGAUGCCGCGGGGGCACAUUCCCUACCCGCUGCCCCCCGACUACCGCUAUGGCCUGUGUUCCGGGAAGCGCAGCAGACAGGGCAGCCGAGAGGGCAAGGAGCUGUCGUCCAAAGAGCUGAAGGCAUCAACGGAGGAGGCCCUGGGACCAGGGCAGAAGCCGGAGGUGCACUCCUUCUGGAGGUACGCCUUCUCCCGCCGCUUUGCCUGGCACCUGGUGUGGCUGUCCGUGAUCCAGCUGUGGCAUUACCUCUUCAUCGGCACCCUCAACUCCCUACUCACCAACCUGGCCGGCGGGGACAGGGCCCUGGUCAGCACCUACACCAACGCCUUUGCCAUCACCCAGUUCUUUGGGGUGCUGUGUGCCCCCUGGAAUGGGCUGCUCAUGGACUGGCUGAAGCAGAAGUACCAGAAGGCGGCGAGAAAGACAGGGUCGUCGGCCUCCAUGGUGGCCCUCUGCUCCACGGUGCCAUCACUCGCCCUGACGUCGCUGCUGUGCCUGGGCUUCGCAAUCUGCGCCUCUGUGCCCGUCCUCCGGCUGCAGUACGCCACCUUCAUCCUGCAAGUGAUCAGCCGCUCCUUCCUCUACGGAGGCAACGCCGCCUUCCUCACCCUCGCUUUCCCGUCGGAGCACUUUGGGAAGCUCUUUGGGCUAGUGAUGGCCCUGUCAGCCAUCGUGUCUCUGCUCCAGUUCCCCCUCUUCACCCUCGUCAAAGGCCCCCUCCAGGAUGACCCCUUCUUUGUGAAUGUGGGGCUGGUGCUGAUCACUCUGCUCACCUUGGUCCACCCCGUCCUGGUCUACCGCGAGUGUCAGAGCAAGUAGCAGAAAGACGGUCGCACUCUCCGGCCCCCGAGGAAGCUUCUGCCACUGUCACACGCCCCGUGCACACGACGCCACAGCCUGGGCCCUUUGUAUCGAAUAACCGUUCUCUCCUGAAACACGAGAAACUUGAGUCCUUCACUGCCAGCUGCUGCUUCCCAUCAGCAUAACAGGAUCUCAGCGGCCACGUGGACAAUCUUCAAGCACUUAAUUUUAUUUGUUUGUUGGGUUUGGGGGCCACACAUGGUGGUGCUCGGGACCUACUCUUGGCUCUGUGCUCAGGGAUCACUUCUGGGGCAGGACAUAUGUGGUGCUGGGGACUGAACCCAGGCCGGUAGCGUGCAAGGCGAGUGACCUCCCCACUGUACUCCCGCUCAGGCCCUCUGGGUGCCUGAAGUCAGAGUGUGGAAGGUGGCGCCCCCUGCUGACUUUCUGCUGACGGGGAUGUCGUCCUAGCCUUGGACCGCCUGGCAUUUGGGUGGCACUCAGCUCUCCUGCAGGGGCACAGCCUGGGCAGGGACUGGGCUCCCCAAGUCAAAGGAGCCAUGGGUGGGAGUGGGGAUUCCCAGGCCCAAGUCCCAGCUCUGCCUCUGAUGCUGGGUGACCUUCAGUGACCCCGUCCCCCUCCCAAGCCUCAGUUUCCCUUCUGUAAAAUGAGGGUGUGUGGGAGUCGGAGAUUCUCUCCGGCAAGUCCUGGGAGGUUUUAAGGACAGUGUUGGCAAGUCACCCCAAGAGGCUUGGGAAACGGCUGACCCGUUUGGCCGAAGGAUUUCUGUCACGGCCUUUGGGGGUUGUCAUUUUCCUGCGAGGGAGGAAUGUUUACUUUGGGCGUUGUGUAAAGAAUCUCUUUGGGGAACCAUUUUACAGAAAAAUAAAACCUCACUGCCA